CCCCCGCCGCCUGCGCGGCCGGCCCGGCCCGGCGGAGAGGCGGGGGGAUUUCCAAGCGCCAGCGGCCUCGCCGCUUCCUCUCCUUGUUUUGCUUUCGAUCUGGACCUUUCUCCGCCCGGGCGGAGGCAGUUAACUUUUAGUUUUGCUCCCGCGAUUAUUCAGCGCCCGUUUUCAUUUCCAUUUCGCGUCCCCUGGCAACGGCGGUAACCUUGAGGAAUUAUAUAAGGGCCGCGAAAACGGGCCGGCAAGAUCAAAGGUGACAAGAAUAGCGGAGCAGAGAAGUUAAGAAUGAUGCAGAGAACACAGAUGUGAAGAACAAAAGAGAGAGGAAGGAGCUGAGCCUGGUGCAGAGGGGGAGAGGAGAAGAAGCAGCCUAAAUCCUCUGGUAUCCUGCCUGUAUCAGCAGACAAGCUUUUGCCAAUAUGAUGUGUCUUCUUCAGGUGAAGGUUUUCCUAAUCGAGGUGUACCAGAAGAGUGUUUUCAACCAUAGAGAAGGCUUUAUCAUCUCAGUUGCUCUUAGGGGAGGCUCCUGCACAGAUCCAAACUCCUUCCCAGUGGGUGUGACAAUGCCUGUUGAAAGGAUGCGGAUGCGCCCCUGGCUGGAAGAGCAAAUCAACUCUAACAGGAUACCGGGGCUGAAAUGGCUAAAUAAGGAGAAGAAGAUUUUUCAGAUUCCCUGGAUGCAUGCCGCAAGACAUGGGUGGGAUGUUGAAAAAGAUGCUCCCUUAUUUAGAAACUGGGCAAUUCACACAGGAAAAUACCAGUCAGGAGUAGAUAAACCUGAUCCAAAGACGUGGAAGGCAAACUUCCGUUGUGCUAUGAACUCCCUGCCUGACAUAGAAGAAGUGAAGGACAAAAGUAUAAAGAAAGGAAACAAUGCCUUCAGAGUGUACCGGAUGCUGCCAUUAUCUGAAAGACCUUCCAAAAAAGGAAAAAAAACUAAGUCCGAGAAGGAUGACAAAUUCAAACAAAUUAAGCAAGAGCCAGUUGAAUCAUCUUUUGGGAUUAAUGGCCUAAAUGAUGUCACUUCUGACUAUUUCCUGUCCUCCAGUAUAAAAAAUGAAGUUGACAGUACAGUGAACUUUGUAGUUGUAGGACAGCCGCACCUUGAUGGCAGCAGCGAGGAGCAGGUGAUAGUUACCAAUCCUCCUGAUGUUUGCCAGGUAGUAGAGGUGACAACAGAAAGCGACGAACAGCCCCUCAGCAUGAGCCAGCUGUACCCCCUACAGAUCUCCCCUGUCUCAUCCUAUGCAGAAAGUGAAACGACUGACAGCGUUCCAAGUGAUGAAGAAAAUGCAGAGGGACGGCUUCAUUGGCAGAAGAAAAACAUUGAAGGCAAACAGUAUCUCAGCAAUCUGGGAAUGAGGAACACUUCUCAUAUGCUUCCCAGCAUGGCAACUUUUGUAGCCAACAAGCCCGACCUCCAAGUCACCAUCAAAGAAGAAAGCUGCCCACUGCCUUACAACAGCUCCUGGCCCCCUUUCCCAGACAUCCCUCUGCCACAAGUAGUGUCCACAGCCUCCACAAGCAGCAGCCGGCCAGACCGCGAGACACGGGCCAGCGUCAUCAAGAAAACGUCAGACAUAACCCAGUCGAGAGUCAAGAGCUGCUAAGCCUUUGACGGUGUGGUUUUUUAGCUUUGUUUUGUUUGGUUUUGUAUUUUAUGUUUCUCUAGGAGAGGUUCAUCCCUUGACGCACACGAGACAAAUCUAAGGUAAAGCCUUGGCAAUAUAAAACAUUGCUGUGUCCGACUCCAGUGCCGGAGUGUUUUUAACUCAGGACUCCAGCCGUCAGUAUGUACACCUGAACCCAGGCAGAUUUCCAAGGUUGCUACGUAGGAAAACAACCCAAGAACUUUGGCCCACUCGCAGGUUCCAGUGUUUCAUAAGAGGACCAACCGACCACAAGGGAAGUGGUGCUGCUGCGCUUCUUGCUGUCAAGGCUGUGAUGGAACUGAAAGCCUCAGAAUGGAAGAGAAAAUGUGAACUAGCUGGAAUAUUUUUAAAUAAAGAAAAAUCUAUUGUGAAUAUUGUACAUAGUGCAGUACUAGCAACGUUGCAGUCUGCUUCUGCACCUUAUUAAGAAAGCACUUAUGAAAGGCCUUUUAUUACCUUGCUCUACUUAAUGGCACAUUGAAGGUCCCUCCCCACCUGUAUUCUUUUCCAAGGCUAUUCUUGCUAAAGUGUCUUUAAAGAAUAGAGGAAAGGAAAGGAAGUUAAAACUUCCCAUGUGGACUUCAUACGUUUUAAGACUGCUUUUCUCAUGUUUGUUUCUAAUCUGCUAUGCUUGAAUGCCGCGUGGUACAAUAGGAAAAAAAAAAAAGAGAAACCUAUUACAGAGAUAUUAUGCAAAUUCCCAGAUUUAAAAAAAGAAGAAGAAAAAUACUCUAAUUCUAACCAGAGCAAGCUUUUUUAUUUUUUAUACAGGGGAAUAUUUUAUUCAAAGUAAAAUUCUAAAGUGAAUAUAAUUUUUUUUAAUCUUUUCUACAGCAAAUUUAUAAUUUUAAGAUUCAGUCCUUGGUUAUCAGCAGUUAUUACAUCCUUGUGGCACAUUUUUUUUUAAUUUUGUAAAGGUGAAAUAGCUUUUAUGAGCUCAUGUAGCAAUCAGAUUAUCCUGUGGAUUGAUAAUAAAUAUGGUAUAUAGUUAAAUUUUUAA